UUAAACUUGAGUUUCUGCCUCCCCGGACAAACAAAGAUGGCUGGAGCUCUGAAUUUCCUUCUCGUUGCCUGUCUGCUGCAAGGUGCCCUGUGUGGAAAGUUUGAGGCAUUUAUUCCACAGAACAUCGAGGUUCUGAGUGGAUCCUGUGUGACCAUCCCCUGCUCAUUUGACAUAACAGCUAAAUAUGAAUCAAACUUGGAUAACACAUGUAAAGCAGUGUGGAAAAAUGAUCGAAAGACUGUUGUGUUUGACAGCACUUCAAAAUCAUCCACAAUAAAUGGAGAACUGAUAGGAAACUUAACAAUAAAAAACUGCACCACAACCCUGAACAACAUGAAACCUGAUUACAGCAAUUCAUAUUUCUUCAGAGUGGAAUGUGACAAACUGAAGAAUGAUUUUCAUCAAAAAUUGUAUAUUUCAGUCAACGCUGAUCCUCCCAGUCCGACUCUGACUCCGUCCACACUGAAGGUGAAGGAGGGAGACUCAGUGAGUUUGUCGUGCUCUGCUCCAGCUCCCUGUCUGUCUCAUCCUCCAACUCUGACAUGGACCCCCGGCCUGGGUGGCAGUCAGGAGACACUGCAGGACAAUCAGGACCAAACUAAAGUCAAGAUCUCUAACGUUACCUUCACUGCUUCUCACCUCCAUCACAAGAAGAACAUCUCCUGUACUGCCGUCUACAACAAACAAGAUGGCAGCACUGAGUCAUCUGUUAGCACGAGUUUAACAGCUGAUAUUUCAUUUGCUCCCCGGAUCCUGCCCUCAUCUGAUUGCAGCAAAGCUGCAGCCCAGCUCAACUGUUCCUGUGAGACUUUGGGAAACCCUUCUCCCACUUUACAGUGGCAUUUGGAUGGGUUACCCGUCAAUCACUCAGACAGGUUUGUCAUCAGCUACGAGCCUCUGAAUGACAGGAGCAUCAUCACUGUGAAUCAACCACAGGAGAGGGAUCUUGCCACCUUGCUCUGCCGCAGCUCCAACUCUCUGGGAUCUGCUACUCUGCGGUUUUAUAUCUACAGCCUUGAGCCUCAAACAUCUGCGGAAAGUCAAGGUCUGUCUGAAUACAAGUUUGAUUGA